CAGCUUAUUCUUACCCAACCACAUCUCUCAAAGUAUACACUACUUUACUACUAAUUCCACAAUUUUAGAAUUUUUGACAUUAGAAAGUGUACCCAUCAGAAGCAGCCAGGAAAUUUCCCAGAUUAAUGUUUAUGAAACGGUGCGACCAUUUCGAUUGGGUAAGAUGUCAAAUCCUUCACACCAAUUCUCACUCACACCUUCCCCCACGAAUUGGACUUAACUUUGCACCUUACCCGCAUCUUCCUUCCCUUUUGAUUCUUCAUUUCUUUGAAAUUUUUUGGAUGGUGACUUUUUUUUAGCUUUCCUUCAUCAAAUCAACGUCUCUUUCCUGGCCAUGUAUAUAUACCAUCUUCUUCCUCUGUUUCCCCAUUCAGAAUUCAUUCAAACAAACCAAGUAAACUGACUUCCUCUGUUUUUUUUUCUUCUUUUCCUUCUUUCUUUCUCCAUUCCCAUUUGUUUUGCAUGAGACUUUGAGAUCCUGACACUUCUUACCAUCAAUCUUAAUAAUUUAGUCUAAUUUUCGCCAUGUCUCCCAGCGAGAUCAAUCACUUGCCUAUUGAGUACAUUUCUCUUGACAAAGCAAUCCCUCUUGCGGUUUUGCUCUGGGGUCUCUGCGUUCAAGUCUUGCGUAUUAUUUUCGAUUUGGACGCCAAAGUUUACUCCUUUUUCCUCGGAUCCGACCAUUCUUCCAUCCCAAUGAAGGAAACCACCCAAUCAAAUCGAUGUGGAACCUGUGAACAUGAGAAGAAGAGCAGAGAAGAUUGUUUGCCGGUGCCGGAAAAGAAAACCAAGCCCGAUGACAGAGUAUGCAGGGGAGAUGUGGAAGUGGUGUUUAGGAGCCUAGGAAUGCUCAGCAACCCUCCACAAGAACCAGAACAAAUGAUUAGGUUCCAAGAGAAUGAUGUGUUUGAUCUGUUUGAGGAGAAGGAACCCAGUGAGUACGAGGUAAGAGCGGCUUUUGAAGUGUUCGAUGAGAAUAAGGAUGGGUUCAUCGAUGCGAGGGAGUUGCAGAGGAUACUGAGUGCUCUGGGGUUGACGGAAGGAUCGGAUAUGGAGAAUUGCAGGAGGAUGAUCAGGGCGGUUGAUGAGAAUGGAGAUGGCAGGAUUGAUUUCCAUGAAUUUGUCAAGUUCAUGGAGACAGUUUGUUAUUGAGAGCAAAGAUCAUUAGUCAUCUUUAAUUCUUUGAUUACAAUUAACCUCUAGAUUCUUCGUGUUUUUAUUUUUAAUUUUUUGCUGUAAGCCAACGUUACAUAUCUUUGUUUUGCCCCCUUUUAUGGCGGGGUUUGUUCAUAUUCUUUUGGAUGAGAAGAAAAUCUGAGUAUAAAUGAAACACACAACAUUGAUGAAUCUCAUGAUGGAUCUGUCUCAAUUUUUUGCUAUUUCUAAGAUGUCGUAUCAUAUCAUAAAAAGAAGUUAAAGCCAGAUUACUCCUUUGAAAGUGGAUAUACAUAAUCACAGUCACAGAAUCUAUUGAUUUUUAAGGUUUUCAAUGAGAAAUUUACAAUAGCGGAAAGUGUUUACGACAGUUGACCGGUUCUCUUUUGGCGACUUGACUAGUCAUUAGAUAGAACGAAAGAUCACGGAAACCACCCUUCAUCGCCGCCCUAAGCAGCCCCACAGUCAAAGUUUUCGUCCCAAAGUAGUAAAUAAUUUUAUUGCAUUUUGAAAUUUCAUGCAAUUUGAAUUGGGAGAAAUUUUGAAGUUUUUUUUAUUUUUUUAUCUGGGUUUAUACUUAAUGAUCUAAGUCAUCAAAUUAUAAUUUCUAUUUACUUGAAUAUCAUUGUAACAUUUGAAUCUUGGCUAAAUUUUUUCCAAAAAAAGGUUGGGAUUUUUAUCUUGUUCCAUCAUAAGGUUGAUGACUUUGAUUGGAAUUUAAAAAUAUAAGGUGGCUACUAAAAACAUCAUGGAAAGUUCAUCUUGGAUGAAGUAACAUUAUUGAUUUCAAGAGGACAACAUAAAAACCCUAAAUGAUUCCAUUAUAAAAGUUGCUUAGGGGUUGUAACAUUGAGAACAGUGGCGAAGAUAUGAUUUGUAGAAUGGAAGGGAGAAAAUGUGUAAAAAAAUUUAGCAGGGGCAAAAAUAUAAAAAUUUAAAAAUUUAGAUU